CGCGGUCGAUGGUCGCGCAAUGGAACGCAUUAUUCGUCCGUCCGUCCGUUCAUCGCGUACGACGUGAAGUUGCCUUCGCGUACCCUACCGCGGACGGCGCGGCGGAAUCUCUCGUCGCUCCACGACUCCGUACUCCGUGCGAUAGUUGAGUAAAUUGCGUCGCGUCGCGAGAAUUGCCGGCACGGAGAUUGCCGGCGCGCGUUUUACUCGUCCCAAAGUGAGUUUCGCGCACGAGGAAGUAUACCGGGGAGUGCCGAACCCAGUGCCGCACGGUCAGCGUGCAUCGCGGCGUGCGGGUUAAUAACGAGACGCUAUCUCGCGAGAUGAGGUUCGCGCGGGACGUUCUUGGUUAGGUGGUACGUGCGGUGGAAUUCGUCCAUGUCUGUGUUUCAUUUCGAAAUCGGCUCGUUUGAGAAUUGAGAAUCGCGAGGGUGGAUCUUGGCCGGCCAAUGAAUUUACGCCGCUUUGAGCAAUACGGAGCAGCGAUAUAAUACGGAGCAAUACGGAGCUCCUCUUGCGCUAUUCGAGGCUCUGCUGUCUACCGUGCCGUAUGGGCAAUCUGCCGACGAAAGAGAGCUGUUAUCGUAACGCGUAACAGACAUGUACGGUUGUAAUUAAUCUGAAUUGCGAUAUGCGAUCAGUGACGACGUGAUAAAAUGCGUGUGCGUAUUCGUGCGUAUCGUAAUCGUAUCCGUUUUUCAUGCGUCGCCGUCGCGUGUUAAAUUAUGCGUGUAUCGGAGCAUCGUACAAUGUCAGUUAAUACGAUCGUAAUGAGACGUGCAGUGAUAUAUAUACUUUUGUAUCUGUGAGUGACUGAAUGUUUUAUACGGCAAUGACAUAAUCAGCAAGGAGGAUUAUCUCUCUACACGCAACGGCUGAAACAUUUGUGACUGUGUUGCUUGGCAGUGCUGUGGAUGUUUUGAGCAGCACCGUACGGAAAGAUGAAGACUGCGGUCGGCUCAUUUCUCCUCUUGCUCGUCAGCGGUGUCGUCUCCGUCGAAUGGAAGCACAGCGCUGUCCUGGAUAACAAUUUCUUGGUGCUCUGGACGCCUGAUGAGAAGGACGUUACAUUCGAGAUCCAAGUGAAGACCCUCGGCUACGUCGGGCUCGGUUUCACGAAGGACGAUGGCCGCGCGGGAGCUGACAUGGUCAUCGGAUGGGUCGAUAACAACGGUCAAGUCCACCUUCAGGACCGGCACGUGAAGGACGCCAGCAGAGAUCCGCAGAUGGAUUCGAGCCAGGACUACCGGUUGUUACUGGGUUACGAGAACAAGACGCACACAGUGCUGCGCUUCAGUAGACGAUACGACACAUGCGACCCGCGGGACCUGAAGAUCACGAACGACACGAUGCAAGUGGUGUGGCAAUAUCACGUCGAGGAGCCGGUAUCAGCGGCCGGUAUCUUGCCCGAUCACGGAGCAGUGCGAGGAUCGAGACCGUUGUACCUGGUGCAAAGAGACGCGCAGCCCAAACGGAGCUCGCGUAAUCAGGAAGCGGAGCCGCCGCUGAAGAUCUGGGAUAUCUUGAACAAGCAGGUUCGUUUACCCAUGGGGCAAGACACGCUGCUCUGGUGCCGUGUCCUGAGGAUGCCGAGCAUUAAUCAGAAACACCACGUCGUGAAGUACGAACCAGUUAUUCAGCCGGGAAGCCACGAAUACCUUCACCACAUGACCCUGUACGAGUGCCGCGGAGAUCAAGCCGAAUUGGAAUCCGCGGCCGAAACGACCGGGAGUGUCUGUUACGUUCCUGAUAAACCCACAUUCCAGUGCAACACGAUCGCAGCCACUUGGAGCCUCGGUUCUGAGGGCUUUAAUUAUCCGCCGGAGGCCGGAUACGCGCUCAAUCCGUACACGGGGCCGCGCUACUACAUGCUGGAGACCCACUACACGAACCCGCAGCUGGACGCCUUCAUCAGCGACAGCAGCGGCCUGCGUCUUCUCUACACCGAUCGACUGCGCGGCCAUGACGCCGGUAUCCUCAGCGUUGGCAUCGACCCGAACUGGCGGCAUAUAAUACCGCCCGGCCAGCCCGAGGUGGUCUCCGAGGGCCACUGCAUCGCCGAUUGCACCGCCCAGACGAUACCGAACAGCGGCAUUAACAUGUUCGCCGUGAUCAUGCACACCCACCAGCUCGGCAGAAAAGUCCGCCUGCGGCAGAUCCGCGCCAGCGAGGAGCUGCCGCCGAUCGCCGCCGACACCAACUACGAUCCCAAUUAUCAAGAGUAUCGGAGGCUUCAGAGACCGGUCAAGGUGUACCCGGGUGAUCACUUGGUCGCCGAAUGCACGUACUCGUCCGAAUCUCGGACGGCCAUUACGCUCGGCGGCUUGGGAACGAGAGAAGAAACUUGCCUGGUGUCCGUUCUCUAUUAUCCUCGCAUUGAAUUAUCUCUUUGUUAUUCUUUGCCUUCGCUACCGACAGUGCUGCACAGCUUGGGAAUCCAGAAAUUAAUACAGGGUUCCAGUCCUGUGAUGAUCCAGGAGCCGCAGAAUCUGGCAGGCAUGACGCUCGAGGAACGGCUAGUCAGCUACAAUUGGGGGUCGAAUUUUCAAAGCUUCCAAGAAGCUACUCGCAGCGGCACGUUCAAGCCGUUGUGCGGCAGUAGUAAGGGCGCCCUGCCCAACACGGACAACCUCGAGGUCCACUACCCGCGUAUCCUUAGGCCCUACGAGGAGGCGAGCGUGCCCUGUGCGAAAAAGCCACUGCGGAACAAGCUGUCGAUGCUGUUGAGCGAGGACGGUGACAUCGGCGCGCCCGUCGACCCCGACAGCGACGAAUCGAAUGCGGUCGAGCGAGGUCAGUUGGUGCGUAGCAAAGUAUCCCGCAGCAGCGACGCAGGACCCACGGCCGGUAGCUCCUGUGGCCGUACAGUAUCGGCGGCGGUGAUCCUGGCCGCCGUCACCGUUGUCGCGGGCGCUGCGUUCAGGUGAACGUCGCCGCCGGACGAGCAGUCGUUCGAGUUUACUCGGAUCCAGGAUCGCCCUGGUGAUCAUCCAUCGCGAUCGAACCCGCGGCGGACCGAGCAACAGCAGCAGCAGCAGCAACAACAGCUGGAGCGUGCGUAUAUGUUCGCGUAAGUACAUGCCAAUCUCAACGACGCGACAUUUAGGCUUAGAUAAGUGUUAUUGUUCUCCGAUCGAGCGCGUCCGGGAUUCCUCGGGUGAUUCGAUCGGAUGGACUUUUUUUUCCGAGGCGGGAUGAUCUUUCCGGCACGGCUAGCGGCUGGCGCGAUUUUCGUCGUGUACCAUAUCGUGUUUCGUACUGAUAGGUAAUAGACAUUACAGCCGUCUUUGACCUUCGUUAUUCCGAUACUGAAUAGUGAAACGCUUAAAAUAAUGAAGUAAUCGAAGCUAACUCGGUACAUUAUAUUUUGGAGUGCUAUAAGUUCUGUAAAACAUUCUUGUUUGGAGAAUCUUAAUAUAGCACAGCAGUUUAUAUCCGCAUCUCACUGAAAAAUUCCUAGUAUUUAAAGAUUGAAUUUACCUAAUUUGUAAAACAAGCAGCUCGUAAAGAUUUAAGGAACGUAUAUACGCGCGUACCGCAAAGAAUUCGCCAGCCUUUAGUCGAGAGUGUCGAAUUUCUGCGAGUGGAAAAGGACAAUUGCAAUCACCAUUCGAUUCGAUGUAGAUGAAACCUAUAUACAUAUAUAUAUCAUAGAAAACGUAGAAGAAAUUACCGAAUCCACGUUAUCUCGACUUAUAGGUGUUGAAAUAAAAUUAUGGUAAUUUUGGAGCUAUGUCAUCGAAAAUAUUUCAUCCGCCAUACACGUUCGGUUUUAUCAACAAGAAAUGUUAACUCUCUUUUUCUUAGUGCAGCUACGUAACUGUAUUUUGAAAAAUAUCAAAAAUUAGGAACAUAAAAGAGUAAACCUAUAAUAAAAUAAUUAAACAUAUUUCGCGAUUGUUUAAUUUAAUUAAAUUGGACGGUUUCUACAGAGAAAUGUCGUUUUUGAAAGCUUGACUAAAAAAAGGUUCUGUUUUCUUCAAGGCAAAUAAUGCUAUAAAAGUUUAUUUCAAGAGAACAUCUACAAAGUACUAGGUGUAUAGAAUAUUUUUGUGCUGCUGUUAUUUAGAAAAUAUUCUUUUUCACGUUUUUAUUUUUGACACUUUUUUUCACGUCGAGUUUUCAAUUCACUUUGUCCUCGAUAACUCUUGAAAAUAUAUACACUAUUUUGAAACUCGACAUGAUGAUAAUCAAAUAUUCAUCUCGGCAUUUAAAAAUCGUCCAGAAAGGAGAGAGUUAAUGACGUUGUACUGGCCGGAAGCCGGAUGUGGAUGUGCGGCAUAUUAAUUUACGCCCGUGGUAAAACCCAGCACGAGAGAUCGAAUCUAUCGUGUUCUCGUUUCGCGAUCGGCUUUUCUCUUUCGCGACUUCCGUUUGCGCGCACCAUUGUUAUAUAAUAGAGAAUUUUUGCGAGCGGUACUCUUCGGAACAUGGUAAAAGCGGAAGUCCCACGCUUCGAUGCGAAAUAUCUAUAAAUUGUCGCGUGACAGUUUUCACCUGAAAUUUAUAUUAUUAUUUAUAUUCGGAACAUUUGCAUUUACCGUAUUCGAAAUACGCUGUUGCAAAAAAAAGUCUGUAAUGUCUCGCGUGUACGCGUAAGAUGACCAUAGCGGGAUAUCUCUCGGAUGUGAACGCACCGGCUUUGUCGUACGUAGACUUUAGCACGUUAGAAUCAAUAAUGCAAGUUGCGAUGGAAAUGAAUAACACGAGAACUUCCUUGUUCUUUAUAUACUACACGUUCAUUGCCUCGAUAUAUCAACUCACAGUAAUAUAAUCAAAACUUUUCAAAGAAAUUUUAUAUAUAUAAUAGAAGGGACCUAUGAAUCAUUUUGUUUUGUGUGCAAAAUUAUUUUUCACAUCAAGUCUUGAUAAAAUGUAAAGAAUAAAUAAACGACCUAAAUAUAUUGAAUU